GACGAGACGGUUGAUGUGCUCCUGUAUGGGGACCAGAACUUUUCCGGCCAUGUGGCCGCAUUUCUUGGUUCCCGGGGCUUGAUCUUCCACGUGAAUUCCGGCAGCGCCCUUCUCCACGAACAUCUUAGCGAGCUUCAUGACUGCUGUCAGUCCACCGUGUCCAGUGUCUGCAUCAGCGACCAGCGGUCGGAGAUAGUCGACGGGAGCAGGAGCACUGGCGAGUUCGGCAUCGGACAUGUUGGCCCUCGCCUCGCGUUGCUUCCGGUCGUGGAACAGCUGGGCCAUGAAGAGGUGCUCGACCUUGUUGGGGACCGUGUUAGAUGGGUAAUCUGGAGGACGUGAGCGCCGAACAGAUGCAUGGGUAGGGGAUGAUGGACGUACCAGCGAGAUCGGGGCCGGGUUCGUUGGUGCUGGAUGCCGUGCUGGAUGACUGCCACCCAGAGACAUAUACCGUCUCGAGGUAUUUGGCCAUCUGGGUUACCUGGACAGGGUCCAAUCUGCAAGCGGUAUGUGAGGGCGUGCCCUGUUUAGCAUGCUCGCUCAAGAGGGACCACAGUUUCUUCGCCUGGACGUUGGAUGGGUACUCGAUUGGGAGAGUCCCCCGCUUAGCAACGACGUCGGCAGCUGAGUACGGGCGCUUCACUCGAGCGAAGCGGGGGUUCU